AUCAACUACAUGUGUGUAUACAUGACUGACUAUAUAUAAGUUAAGCACAAAUGAAAAUGACUUAUAAUUGAUACUAGGAGGUGUGGCUAAUUGUCAAUAAAUUUGAGAUUCUCGCUUUACUUUCUAUAAAACCAUUAAAAAUCAACCAUUUGUAAGCGUUGAAACAAUGGGAUCUAAAAAUAAAAAUUUCACGAAGUCGUUAGCGCUUUCUGUAUUCCUAACAUGUUUAGGAUCGUCAUUUACCAUUGGUUACAAUUUAGGAAUACUGAAUUUACCAGGAGAGCAUAUCAAAGAGUUUUUAUCUCAAACUAUGUUGGGAAAGAAUGUCAGUGAAGCUGAAAACACAACAAAUCUUGUGACACCAAGUUUCUUGUAUGCUCAAGUUAGUACAGCUUUUGUACUAGCCGGUGCAGUUGGAGCUUUUAGUUGUGGUGUUAUAGCUGAUUGUUUGGGAAGACGAAAUGGUCUAAUAGUAAACAGUCUAUUCGCAAUUGCUGGAGGAGUAAUAGUUGGUCCAUGUGUAGCAUACAGUCAACCUGCAUUACUGUUUGUUGGGCGUGUUCUAAAUGGAUUCAAUUUUGGAGUAUCAAUGGGAGUAGCACCAAUGUACUUGACAGAAAUCGCUCCUAUAUCUCUUCGUGGUGGAAUUGGUUCAUUGCAUCAGCUUGCUCUAACUAUCGGCAUAUGCGUAUCCUAUUUAAUGACAUUAACAUAUACAUUAAAUACACCAAGUUUAUGGCCAAUUUCUGUAGCGGCUGGAUCAGUUCCUGCAUUGAUUGCAUUGAUUCUUCUACCAUAUUGUCCUGAGAGUCCACGUUUUUUAUUUAUAAAAAAGAAGAAGGAACCACAAGCACGUAAAGCUUUCAAACGGCUUAACUGUAAAGAUAACAUUAAUGAAAUAUUUGAAGAAAUGAAAAGAGAAGUGAAUGAAACUGAAAAACAACCGAAAUUCAAGUUUUCUAAACUUUUCACUCAGAAAGAUUUACGUAUGCCAGUUUUAAUUGCUUGUAUCAUACAAGUAUUUCAACAGCUUUCUGGAAUUAAUGCGGUAAUUACUUACUCAUCGACAAUGCUUAAAACUGCUGGGAUUCCAUUAAUGUAUAUCCAGUUCUGUGUAGUUGCUGUCGGAGCAAUUAAUGUGUUAUUGACUGUGCUCUCAGUAUCUCUAAUUGAACGUGCUGGACGCAGAACUCUUAUUUUAUGGCCAACUGUACUUCUUGCUUUUUCAUUAUUAUUUCUAACAAUUUCAGUGAAUGUAGCAAGUAAAACAGCAGAUGAGACAACAGCUAGAACAGCAGGAAUUAUUUCAGCUGUUCUUAUCAUAUUAUAUAUUUGUGGUUUUGCUUUAGGCUUAGGUCCAAUCCCUGGUAUAAUUGUAGCUGAAAUAUUUAGACAAGAACCACGAGCUGCAGCCUAUUCGUUAAGUCAAGGAGUUAACUUAUUGUGCAAUUUGCUGGUCUUAUUCAGCUAUCCAAGCAUUAAUGAUGCAAUUGGCGGUUAUUCAUUUCUACCAUUUUUAGUGAUUGUUGUUAUUUGUUGGAUAUUUUUCUAUUUAUACAUGAUCGAGACAAAAAAUCGUACAUGUGAUAGUAAUGCAAGAGAUUUAGCUACACCAAAAAUUAUCGCCUGUCAACGUCCAUCUAGAUUAAGUUAUAAAAAUGAUGAACCAUUUUAUACGGAUGAAUGAAAACCAAAAAAAAAACGAGGCGAAAAAUUGAAAAGAGAAAAAAGAACAAACAAUAAAAUUCAGAAAAUACAGUGAAAUAUAUAUUUCAAAAUUAUCAGAUAAAUGUUAUUUUAUUUUUUAAAAUAAAAACCAUGGUUUUCUUUUUCAUUGUUCAAUAGUGAUACUGUUUGUUGUUUCUUUCAUUAUUAUUAUUAUUAUUAUUAUUUUCAUGACUGAAGUCUAAAGAUGUUUACGUCUUAUUAUUUUUCUCUCUGUUAAAUUACAUUAUUGACAAAGUUUAACCACUGUUGCAUUUUCUUCGUCAAGUUUUACUUAUUAUAACAAAUGUAUGAAAAAAAAAGAAUCUAAUUGAGAAUAAUUUUUUAUUGUGCAAGAUAACUUAAUUUGAGGUUAUCAUUAAGAUUUUUUGUUAAAAAAUGAAACACAGAUAAUGACUUCCUUUUAUUGUUCAUUGAUUUCAGUUGGCUAUUUUUCUCAAAUAAUGUUGGUUUAUAUUUAUAUAUAUGCAUGUAUAUUCAGUUUUCAUGCUGAUAUUUAAAAAAUGAAAAUAGAUAAUUUUCUACUGAGUUUUAUUUCUUACGAAAGAUUUGAUGAAAAGCUAUUUGAAAUUUAUGAUAUUUUCGAGUAUUUUAAAACAUGUGAUUGUCAAUAAUGCAUUGUCGGUUUAUUAUUAGUUUGCUUACGAACAGAGUUAAAUGUUGUAUGACUUGAUGUUUUCAAUUUGUACGUGAUCAUUCAUGUGUAUACUAUUAUAUGUAUAUGUAUAUAUAUAU